AUGUCACGAUACGUUAAACAAUUAGAAUGUCGGUUCCAUCCGGACGCAACACUGGUUGAAGAUUACCGUGCGGGUGAUAUGGUGUGCCCAGAAUGUGGUUUGGUGGUUGGUGAUCGAAUGGUGGAUGUUGGUUCUGAAUGGCGUACAUUUUCAAAUGAUAAGGAUUCGAAAGAUAUGAGUCGUGUCGGAGCUGCAGAAAAUCCACUGUUCGAUGGCGAUACUCUUGAAACUGUUAUGUCAUUAGGAACAGGGGCAGGAGCACUCGAUGAGUUUGGCAAACAAAAGUAUAACAAUGGGCCACGUCAGAUGUCGACUGCCGACAAAGCUUUACGGAGUGGUUAUGAUGCCAUCCGUCAAAUGGCUGGACGUAUUAACUUAUCGAGUCGCAUCAUUAAUCGAGCAUUUUCACUUUUUAAACAAUGCUAUGAAAAUAAAUGUGUUCGAGGUCGUUCACAAGAUGCUAUUGUUGCAACAUGCAUUUAUAUAGCUUGCCGACAAGAAGGUGCACAACGUACAAUUAAAGAAAUUUGUGCUAUUUCCACCAGUGCAUCGAAGAAAGACAUCGGCCGAUGUUUUAAGCAAAUUGUUAAUAGUUUACCGAAUUCCAAUCGACCUGAAUCAAUUGAUAUCAAAAACUUGGUGCCUCGUUUUUGUAAUCAACUUGACCUUCGCCAAGAGAAUCUUAUACAAAAAACAGCUGUUUUUAUUGCUGAACGUGCCAAAGAACUUUGCGAUAUACAAAGUCGUGCGCCAGAUUCAAUUGCAGGCGCAUCAAUUUAUAUGGCCUGUGCUGCUGCUGGCGAGAAAAAACCAAUGAAAGAUAUUCAAGUUGCUGCUGGUGUUAUGGAAAGUACAAUCAGACUUAUAUAUAAAAUCAUGUUAGGAAAAGCGUCAGAAUUAUUUCCAGCUGAUUUUGCAUUCAAAUGUUCACCGGCUAAUUUACCAACAUCAUAA